AUGGGCUCCAUACCACAGCCAAACCCGGUUCGACUAGCUAUCCUUGUUGCAGAUGAGCCACUGCCUAGCGUGGUGGCAAAGCUGGGUCGCUUCGACAACAUCUUCACGACACUGCUUAGGAACGCAUGCGAAAGCCUUCAUCCACCGCAGGCGCUCGAAUCCCAGCUUACGCUGACUGCGUACAACUUGGUGGCCGGACACGGCGUGGACGCCGCUUACCCCGACCCUGCGGAUAUCGAUGCCGUGCUCAUCACGGGAUCCCGGCACUCAGCUUACGCGGACGAUGAAUGGAUCCUUAGGUUGACGGCGUUCACGCAGAGGCUCCUGGAGGAAGGUCGCGUUCGCGUCAUCGGCGUCUGUUUUGGGCACCAGAUCGUUGCCCGCGCCCUCGGUGCGCAGGUUGCGCAAUCUCCCCGAGGAUGGGAGCUUUCUGUCACAAGACUUGAGCUGACUGACGAGGGCCAAAGUUUGUUUGGAUCUGAGAGCCUGAGCAUCUAUCAAACACAUCGCGAUGCAGUCAUGGAGUUACCUCCUGGCACAGUCUCGCUAGCGCGUACCGAGAAAUGCCCAAUUCAAGCAUUUUACAUCCCUCAGCAGCUCAUCACUGUGCAAGGCCACCCCGAGUUCUCUCCGUUCAUGAUGGGCGAGAUGUUGCAAAUCCGCCACCAGGCUGGCAUCAUCCCCGAAGAGCCUUUCAAAGACGCUAUGGCAAGAGUAUCGGAUAAGCACGAUGGUAUUUCUAUCGCGCGAACGUUUCUUCGGUUUUUGAGGGAGUGA